UUACCUACAGAUUUUUGGCAAACACAUGAGCCGACAUACAUGUUUAAGUAUGACAGUGUUCACGGUCAAUGGAAGAACAAUGAGCUCAAGGUUAAGGAUGAGAAGACUCUUCUCUUUGAUGAGAAGCCUGUUACUGUAUUUGGCAUAAGAGACCCAGAGGAAAUCCCAUGGGCUGAGGCUGGAGCAGAGUACAUCGUGGAGUCAACUGGAGUCUUCAUUGAUAAAGACAAGGUUGCUGCCCACUUGAAGGGUGGUGCUAAGAAAGUAGUCAUUUCUGCUCCUAGCAAGGAUGCACCUAUGUUUGUUGUUGGUGUCAAUGAAAAGGAAUACAAGCCAGACCUCAACAUCGAUUCUAAUGCUAGCUGUACUACUAACUGCCUUGCACCUCUGGCAAAGGUUAUUCAUGACAGGUUUGGAAUCGUUGAGGGUCUUAUGACUACAGUUCACUCCAUAACCGCCACCCAGAAAACUGUUGAUGGACCAUCAGCUAAGGACUGGAGGGGAGGAAGAGAUGCAUCAUUCAACAUUAUCCCCAGCAGCACUGGAGCUGCAAAGGCUGUUGGAAAGGUGCUACCAUCAUUGAAUGGAAAGUUAACAGGAAUGUCUUUCCGAGUUCCAACAGUCGAUGUCUCUGUGGUUGAUCGCACAGUGAGGUUGGAGAAAGAAGCCACCUAUGAUGAAAUCAAGGCUGCUAUCAUGUUGAACUCAUUUACUUUUGAACACUUGCGCUGUCACCUGCUAAGCUGAUCAUAUUUUUCUUCGCUUUUUCCCUCCUUCAAACUUGACUUCAUUUCUCUUAUUUUCAUCUUUAUUUACACGUUGAAUGUAUUCUUUAGUUUUAACUUGCCCCCUUUAUCUUUGGAUCUACUCGCUUGUUCUUUUACAUAUGCUUUGCUCUAUAUACUAAAAUUUCUUUGUAUCUUAUAUUUUUACAAAUACCAACUUCCUACCUUGUUUAUAUGACAGGGCAAGUUGGAGAUCACAAUUUAGACUGCAUCCUGGCUGACCUUCAAUUUAAUUCAUUGCAUUAUGUUAAUAUGUAAAUAGAACAUUUAUAGAAAUCUUUAGAUCUCUGGAUCUAACUUUAAAUA